AUGUCAUGUUCAGACAGUCCGUCAGGAAAUGCGUUUUUAGUGGAUUCUCUGAUCAGUGGCCGCACCGAGAGCGGCGGAAGUCACUAUGCUGGGAGCGCGGUGUGCGUGCCUCAUAGCGCCGCUACAGAAGUGCCUUACGGACUACACAGCUAUGGAUACUUCCCAGGUAUGGGGAAGCGCUGCGAGAUGGGUCCCCAAAACAUGGUCUCCACCUCUAGUGCGUACAUGUCCAGCAUGGAAAUGUGGAUGGACGCGCAGAGGUCAUGUCGAAUGGACCAGGAGCACCCGGUGGGUCCCCAGGUCGCACCCUGCUCGUUCCCGCAGAAUAUUAAGGAGGAGAGCACCUACUGCCUGUAUGAGCAGCCGAAGUGCCCUAAAGCCUCAACCGCCGAAGAUCUUACAUAUUCGAGGUUAACAGCAGCGGGCCUAGGCUCGAGUUCUUGUACAGUUACCGAUGGUGGCGGCGGGGGCUCAGUGCCUGUGCCGGGCUACUUCCGCUUGUCUCAGACGCACGCACAUUCUCAUAAACUUUAUAACACCAACAGCCCCCAGCCGAACCCUUCCCAUUCUCAUUUUGGCCUACACCCCAUUGCUCCUGCUCGCUUCCACACACCACCAACUACUCCAGCCACGACGCAGGAAGGGAGGAACACCGAGGAGUCCGUGUCCUCGGGAAACGCCGACCUGCAGGCUCACGCUGCACCAGGGACCGAGGAGCCACGCGAGUCCUCGGAUGCAGAAGUCUCUUCAGCUGACGAGACGGAAGAGCAUAAUAAGGAGAGACCAGCAAAGACAACUAAAGGAGACACAAAAAGUGAAAGCACGGCCAACUGGCUGACAGCAAAAAGCGGCCGGAAGAAACGCUGUCCAUACACCAAGCAUCAGACACUGGAGCUGGAGAAGGAGUUCCUCUUCAACAUGUACCUGACCAGAGAGCGCCGCCUAGAGAUCAGUAAAGGCGUCCACCUGACGGACAGACAAGUUAAAAUCUGGUUCCAGAACCGCAGGAUGAAACUGAAGAAAAUGACGCGGGAAAACAGGAUCCGGGAGCUCACCUCCAACUACGGAUUUUCAUGA